AUGGCUCCAUUUCGUUGGCCAGAGGCUCGACACGAGCUCGCACUUGCCAAGGAAGUAGCUCAACACAACCCCGAGAAACCUGAUGAGUGGGAAGCAGUAGCUAGUAGACUCGGCGAAGCAUUUUCUACGGAUUCAUGUACCGUUGAGCUUAAGGGAAGAGGCUGCCGUGAAAAAAUGGAUCGGAUUUUAACCAAAUACAAAGAAGAAGACAUGAAAGGUUUAAAGAGGUAAGUUUACUGUUGGUUGGCUUGUUUAUACUCACAACUGAGCAAAACGUUCAACCCUUUGUUUUCAUUAGUCACAAUUACAAAUGUACAACAAGUCCAUAUGUUUGUUUCUCGUAUUGCUUUCCUUUUCAAUAAUCUUGCUCUUCUAAUGGUAAAAUGUACAAUCUGUCACGAAAAUAAAGUUUCAUCCAAAACAUGAUUUAAUUUGAUAGUGUAAUGGAGUAUAAAACCAAACUGAAAUUUUGACUCUGGCCUACACAAUUUACGCUAUCAUUUAACUUGAUUCAAGGCAAAUCCAAUCCUUUAUUAUCAUAAAUUUCACAAUUUACAAUUUUUACAAUUUUCCUGAUUAGCUUCUGCCUCCUCAUUUAGGUUUUAUACAACACUGGCCUAGCAUUUAUGUCAAGAUUUUUAAUUCUCUCCUUUAUUUUGGAUUUGUGAUACCUGGUUUGUAAAGGGUUUACAGAGGUCUUGGAUACAAGCACAGAUGCAAGUGCAGGCAUAUCAAACAGCAAUGUCAGAACAAGCUGAUGAGUGCCAGAAUUCAGUUAAGGUCCCACCACCGGCCACUUUCCAUUAGAUCACAAUAAAUAAAUACUUAGCAACAGAACUGUGUCAGACUUUGCAGCCGGAUACUUUUUGGGAACAGCCAAUGAUCUACUUCAAAACAUUCUGACUGCACUGAUCAAACAUACUACAACGUAACUGUAGUGUUUUUAUUAUUUUUUAUGAUUUUGAAGAUCAGGCACAGAGGAAGAAUUCACUGAGUUACAGCAGUUAUGUGAGGAUAUCUUAGUGUAUAGAAGAGAUAUGAUAGAGAUGCGACAGAUAGAAAAGGAAUCAAGAAAGAAAAGGGAGCAGGAAGAUAAAAGGAAAAGGGAGGAGAUGCGGCAGGCAGCGGUGGAAAGACUAGCAAGUUAAUAUCCAAUUCAAUAUUAUUUUGUCCAAGCAAGCGUAGGUUAUAGUGAUGAUAUCCAUAAGGACUGUUUUUCUUUUGCUGUUUUACAGUCUUUACACAAUUUUCUGACAGUUCCUGUUUUACUUGGUGGUUCAUGAUGUGUUGUGAUUGAGCACCAUAUAAUUUAAGUGCAAACUUUUUCACUUGACAGUUUGUAGUUUUAACCCAGUUUGAAUAGAACCCAUGAAAUGCAAAAUAACAAAAUUGCUUUCAUUUUAGAGCGCCGUAGUGAUGCUGGCACAUCAGGUGGUGCCACGUUGGAUGUGUCUAGUGGCGGGUCAGAUGAAGAAAUUCCUUCAAAAGGUAACCUUUGUGAAAUCUAGUAAACUAUUAUUCCAACUUGUCUGACUGAUUGGUUGCCAUAAAUACAGUAUAUGAAAUUGAUUUUCUCUUCUACUGGGGGCCAUGAAAGGAAAGUAAUGUGUGGUGUAAUGAACAAAAUGUUUGUUUGAUGAAAUCCAUAUAUAUAAUAUAUAUAUUUUUAUUUAAACAUAUUUGAGAGUCUGCCUCAAGAGCUUGACUGCUCAUCUUUGGGACUCAAUAGAUCCAUAAUUUUAAUGUGGUUGCCCAGUUUUCUGCCACACUGUGAUUACAUAUUUCCAUCUCCUUCCCCACCCCUGGGGGAAGAGGGGGGCUUGAUGCUUUGGUUGUUCUUCUAUAUAAAUAAAUACAACACUUUUUCUUUUCUUUCUUUUGUAAUUUAUUUCUACAGGAACCAAAAAGAAAGUUGCCAGGUCAAGCAGAAAGUCAGCAAUUGAAAUGCUGUCAGAAAAGUACAAAGAGAAGGCAAAACUAAAAGACAAAGAGCUGGAAGUGAGAAAGAUGGAGCUGGAUCUUCAGAAACAAAAGUACGAAGAUGAAGCUGAAGAAAGGAAGCUUUUGUUCUCCAUGCUUCGAGAACAACUGAAAAAAAUAAAUCAUUUUGUCUUUAGUUGCUCUUGA